AUGCAAGAAGUAACAAAUGCUAUUAGACAGAUGCGGUUUCCUCAAAAACUUUGGUAUUUAUUGGACCUGCAUACCGAUGCAAUAUUAUGGGGUGGUACUGGGCGCACUAUUCUCCUGAAUUAUCGCGUUUUGCAUACUUAUUUACAAUGUAAUCAUUCCAUUUUUAAAACUACCAAUAUCUCUAGCUUUGUAAGACAAUUAAAUUUAUAUGGAUUCCGCAAAGUUACUUCACAUUUACAAGAUCCGCUUUGCAAUUCGAGUAAUCCAUAUAUGCAUGAAUAUAUUCAUGAUUAUUUUCAAUUUGGUAGACCAGAAUUACUUAACAAGAUCACAAGAAAGGCACUAACCAUUAAAAAAAACUUCAAGCCAAAGAAUUUAUAUAGUAAUGACCAAAAUGUUUAUGUCACACCAUUACAAAAAGCUAGAAGAGCUUUACAAAUUGCACUCAAAAAAGCAGCUCAGGAUUUAUACAUUCAAACCUCUCCAAAACCAUCAUGUAAUAUGGAUUAUGAGGAUGAACAUGAUGAAUAUCAAGAUGAAGAAAGUGUUGAACUGGACUGGUUUAUACCCUGUGAUGGGACUGCCAAAGAUAUCCAGAAAGAGUUACAACAUACAGGUGUGGAGAAAUUGGUAAAGCCAAAUGAUACUAUAGGUGGAGAGGCUUAUGGUGAUAUUACACAAGAUAAUCUCAUCAAUUUCUCUGAUGAUUCAUGUCAGCAAAUCAAUGAUAAUUAUUCAGCUCAAUUUCUAAACAUGCCUGACCUUGAUUCUGAACACACUGGAGGGAAUUCAGGCGUUGAAUUGCUUGCUGAAUUCAAUAUUGGUCAUGAUAUUGAUCAAGGUAUUACCAAGAAAAAGGAAAAAGAUAAUAAUUCUUUAAAUUGUGUCUUACCAUCUGUGAGCAAUGACCAAAAUGAUGAUAUCAGCUUUGUUGAGUCCAAUGAAAACACUAAUCAUUAUCAUGGAGAAUGGGAUCAGAUGUUUAAUGACAUAAUGAUAAAUAAGAGCUCCAGUCAAGACAGUGUCUCCAAUUUGAAGGAGCUGUAUUCCCAAAUAUCUCAAACUAUUGAUUUACUUAAUUCAUAAGUUCAGUACAAUAAUAUGGUUAAAAUAAACAUUUAUU